AAAACACGACCUUGCAGUUUUGCAUUUUGCAGUAAAUUGACAUUUGACGUGUUUGUGUAAAAUAUUCAAAAACAAAAUACAAAAACAUGUCGCAAAACUUUAAAUUUUGAUUUAAAAAUUACUGCGUACCUAGACUUUCGAUAUUUGUUCAUUUCGGAUAUAAAAUUAUAGUUAACUACUUUGCUUUGAAACAUGAAUAUGGACGGGCCUAAUAUAGAGCACAGCGACUCCGAUUCAGGGGAGAGUUGGUCCAUUAUAGAAAACAUUCCAUCAUAUGGAGACGAAGUCCCCGAAUUCCCGGAAAAUAUUGCCACCAAUGAUCGUGAAAGAGCAGACACAAAUGUAGAGAAAGAUGAAGAUACUGAUGGUAUAUCAAUUAUUAGUGAUAGUGACCCCGAGCCCUCCACGCCGUUUGAGACCAACUACAAGAAUAAUUCUGACGAUGACUCCUCCCGCCUCAUCCCUCAGUAUGUGACAAUAAGUCCUCCAGACCCCAGCACUAACAAGCUUCAUGAGUCUCUGGAAAAUGAAAACGAUUUUCUUGGUGAUAGUCUUAAACAUAAAACAUAUGUGCACAGGAGGAACAAGAGAUUGAGCUCAGUCUUGAAUAUUAUCGUUCUGGGAAGCGUAAUAACUGCAGCCGGUGUGGCCAUAGGCCACAUGUGGGGCGCCAAAAAUGAUUGUUCAAUGAACACCACUCCAUCAGUGAACAAAAUACUGUCAAGUCUUUACAAACUUCAAGAAGAAAAUACUUACUUGCGAAGUAAACUAAAAGAAUUGACAAUGAUGCAUAAUUUAGAGCUGAGAAAGUCUGGUACGGAAAAUAUGCAUAAACCACAAAACAAAUGUAAAAAAGUAUUUGAGGACUCAUUGAAUAACAUUUCCGAUAAACCUACUAAAUGUGUUGAUAGUGGUGACAUUCCAAGGAUACUAGAUCCACAAGCGGAACAAGGGCAUGCAAAAGAUUUUGUGAGAGAUAUCAAUAAACUAAAACAUGUCUACAAGCAAAACAAAAGCUGGUUAGAUGAUGAAAUAAACAAAAGGAUUAAGGACCAGCAGAAAAGGAUGAAAAAAAGUAUAAAACUUUAUAAAAAGUUGCAGACAGCAGAAGACUCAGAAGUAAAGCAAAUCAAAGAUGAAAAUUUCAACAACGUGUUAGAACCUAUCAUUGAGUCCACUACAGAAACUUUCAUCAAUAAUGCUGAUGAACCAGUGAAAUUGAAUAAUAUUGAAGAUAAGGGUUCUGGAGAAAGAAUAAGAAUAAGCUAUGCAGAUUCUCUUAAAUCUAACCAGAAACUAAAGGGAGAUACCAAGCAAUAUAAUGACUUUGUCAUGGAUAGUAACAUCAAUAAAGAUACUAUGAAGAAAAAACCCCAUAAGAAAGACUUGGACACUUUAUCUGGUCAGUCCCUAAGUGAACCUGAAUUUAAAAAAGAUGACAGAUACACAGGCAACAAACAAAAACAAGACAGGAAGAAACAUGAUAGACAAAAGUUACACAAGAAACAGAAGAGGAAGAAUAAGUAUGAACAGUGGGAGAUGAAAGGGGGCUAUCUAAAGGACUAUGAUGACUUUUCUAUAUCAUCAUCCCAAGAAAAUGAGUAUGUAUUAAAAAAUCCAGAUAAAAAUUUUCUUGCCAAAGAUUUUGAACGUGAAAAUUAUAUCAACCAAUUUAUUGAAGAUACCAAGGUCAAAAGUGAUGAGACACAUAAUAAAAUAAAGAACGAAAAGCAUGUGAAGGGCAAAGAAAAAGACGUUGCUUGGUAUGAAAAACGAGCAUUAUUGAGAAAUGAGGCUAGGAAAAAGAAAUUGGAACUUGAGCUGUUUGGCGAAACCAGUCCCAAUAACGCCAGCUGGUAUUUCCGGCGCGGGAUGCGACGCGAGCAGUGCCGCGCCAAGCGCGACAACUCCACUUAUAGGAAGUUUGCGAAACACACCAUGAACUAUAAGAUAAAACAUUAAAUGCAUUCAUAAAUUACUCCUUUGGGGUUUGGUACAGUUGUAAUGUUGCAUUUAGGAUUUGAAUCACAUGCAAGAGUGCGCGGUUGGAUGGCGGGAGCUCGGGAGGUCGCUUGAGGAUGAAUCGGAAUGGAUGAAUAGAAAAGGAUGCAAGUUUUCUUAUUUGGCACCUUAGAAAUUAUCAGUCCAGUGUUAAAGCAAUAGUCUAAUAUUUAAUAUUAAUAACCUUUCAUACUAAACAGUACACAUACUCUUAUUUGCAUAGCUUGUAAACUGUUAUAUUUAGAGAUUCAAGUUUAUUCCAACUUUAUUAAUGUAAUGAAUUGUAAAUUUUCAUUAUUAAAUGUAACUUUUAUCAUAGGAUAGUGUUACACCUACUUACAGAUAUGAAUACUACUUAUAGGAUAACAUAGACUUCACUCUCCACAGUAUGUUUUGAUAAGAGACACUGUAAAAUUGUUCUGGACCUUACAAACCUUGUUUUAUAAGAAUUUGACUA